CUCUUACAGACAGUGCGGCGGCUAAGUGUCGCUUGUAUGCGGAGCAUUACAGUAACCCGUUUUCAGUGAUGAGUCAGAGUGCGUGGUGCUGAUGCUGCUGCCAUUUCAUCACCUUUGAGAGCGCUGCAUCCAUCCCUUCUCUCUCCCAGAGCCUGGGCCUACCUCGCUGCGCGCCCCCAGGCCAGUGAUGCCCUCUCGGCCGAGCUAGAUUGGGGCUGAGCCGCUCUCUCCAAGGCCUUGGUGGGGCGCCCCCUCCCGCCGCCCCAGGCCUGGGCCAAGGAGACCUGACAAGCUGCGGCCAUGGAAGCCAUCUGGCUGUACCAGUUCCGGCUCAUUGUCAUCGGGGAUUCCACGGUGGGCAAGUCCUGCCUGAUCCGCCGCUUCACCGAGGGCCGCUUUGUUCAGGCUUCGGAUCCCACCGUGGGGGUAGAUUUUUUCUCCCGCUUGGUGGAGAUCGAGCCAGGAAAACGCAUCAAGCUCCAGAUCUGGGAUACCGCGGGUCAAGAAAGGUUCAGAUCCAUCACUCGUGCCUACUACAGGAACUCAGUAGGUGGUCUUCUCUUAUUUGACAUUACCAACCGCAGGUCCUUCCAGAAUGUCCAUGAAUGGUUAGAAGAGACCAAAGUACACGUUCAGCCCUACCAAAUUGUAUUUGUUCUGGUAGGUCACAAGUGUGACCUGGAUACACAGAGGCAAGUGACUCGCCACGAGGCCGAGAAACUGGCUGCUGCUUACGGCAUGAAGUACAUUGAGACGUCAGCCCGAGAUGCCAUUAAUGUGGAAAAAGCCUUCACAGACCUGACAAGAGACAUAUAUGAGCUGGUUAAAAGAGGGGAGAUUACAAUCCAGGAGGGUUGGGAGGGGGUGAAGAGUGGAUUUGUACCAAAUGUGGUUCACUCUUCAGAAGAGGUUGUCAAAUCAGAGAGGAGGUGUUUGUGCUAGUCAGCCCUUUUAUUUUCAAAACAUGCUCUCCCUCUUGAACUUAAAAGUUACCAAAAUAAAUAGAAUCCUUAUGU